UUUUAAGCAAGGUCAUAGUUUUAAGUAAUGUAAAUAGUUGAAUUCUGACAAACACAAGAAUUGCAAAUCGUCCUCGUUAUCGCCGUCGCAAUACACUCCUCUUUGAAAUAAUCGUUGCGAUUGAUAAAAUAUCAUUCUAGCAUCAUAGAUAAACAACUAUAAAUGCACAUUCAUUCAACGGUUGUAUCGAGACUUCUAUUCAGAACUCACGGUCUGUAUAAGCUUCUCAAAUACCAUCACGUAACAUCUAGAAUGGGAGAUCUGGACUCUACUAGGGAGGGACUAGCGCUAAGCCAAGUCUUGGAUGCUAUUCACUCGUUUGCCCCGAUCGAGCUAGCGGCUUCCUGGGAUAACGUUGGCCUGCUCAUUGAACCAACAAAAUCGAAGUUAAUUACGCACACACUCAUCACCAAUGAUCUUACCGAGGAUGUAAUGCAAGAGGCUAUUGAUUUAAAUGCAGAUCUAAUUAUUUCAUAUCAUCCACCGAUAUUCAGUCCUCUGAAGUCAAUUACAACUCGUACAUGGAAGGAACGCAUCGCUAGCACCUGUAUAGAGAAUAAAAUUGCCCUGUACUCUCCCCAUACGAGCUUUGAUUCAGUGAAGGGAGGAUUGAAUGAUUGGUUGGCAGGAGCCUUUGAUUUAGAAACAUGCAAACCGAUUGAAGCUGGUGUCAAUCCUGAAAACGGUUUCGGCCGCCUAUGCACGUUAAAAGUCCCAGUGUCUACAGCCGACGCAGUGACAAUUGUUAAACAACGAACAAAUUUACCACACGUCCGACUUGCUCGUGCCAGACGUCAAGAUGACAUGAUUACUUCGAUAGCGGUCUGUGCGGGCUCUGGUUCAUCUGUUUUAAAAGGUGUGAGGGCAGACCUCUACAUUACAGGCGAGAUGUUACACCAUGAUAUUUUGGAUGCCAUUCAUCUUGGAGCUAAUGUUAUACUCACCAAUCAUUCAGAUUCAGAACGAGGCUUCCUGAAAUUAUUUGCUAUAAAAUUACGCCAGCUUCUAGGUGAAUCUGUCAAAGUGAGCCUAUCACUCUUGGACACCGAUCCCUUGAAAACAGUAUGAAUAAAAUAACAUAUCCCUGUGACAAGCAUUCAAUGAUUUGUAUUUGGCUCUAAAACAUACAGUUUGAUUAGUUAGAUUUAACUGAAUUCAAGCCUCGUGGUAUCUAUUGAUUUUUCCCUUGUAGGGGUCCUUUAGAAUGUUAUUCGUUAUUGCACGAACAGCAACUUUUCGGUUGUUUCCAGUUGUUGUUCUUUGUGUAACAAUAAAUCAGAGUCACAGAAAAUACUGUUCAACUCUAAUUAUCCUCUGCAGCCUAUCAGGAUAAAAUCAGGUUGAGAGGUGAAAUGAAUUCACCUUUAUUUUUUAAAUCAGCUUGACAGAUUUUCUACUUCAGGCAUCAAUGCAGUUGUUCGUGAAAGCUGGUUGCUCUAUGAUGUCCUAGAUGUUUUCUUUGAAUUCUUCAGAGCACAAUUAAUAGAAAACGUAUCCUGCUAAUUCAUGGAAUAUUCAGCGCAAACAUUUGUUCCAUUGCUU